AUGAGCGCCGUGUUCGAGGUGGACAGACUGAGUGUCGCGCUUCUCGUAGCCCUGCUUGUGGUGCUGGGGCUGGUCAAGUACUUACAGCAGUACGACCAGCCGCUGUUGCACCCCCUGAUCCUCGCGCGCCAGGCGGAUGCGUCCCAGACGCGUUCUCCGGGCGAAUCGGCGACCUACCGCAACGUGAAUGCGCCGCUGGGCUUUGACCUGGCCAUGCGUCCCCAGCGCUCGGCGCCGGAUGUGCCCUCUCUGCUGCGCCUCGGCGUCACGGGCGAGGAGAGCGAGCAUUCGCGCCGAAUCCUCGACAUGUCGCUCACCAAUACCGAGCUCCGCCAGCAGGCCGCCGCGUUCGGCCACGGCAUCCACACUCUUUUGCAAGGCUCCCUGCAGACGCUCGUCGUGUACGGCCGCUUCUCGAGCGCGCGCUCGAUCAUUGCGCUGCUCUCUGCCACGGUCGCCGACCUCCCGUGGACGACGCUCUACGUCCCGGACGGCGCGCAACUUUCCUCGCUCCCGGCCGGCGUCGAGCUCGACAAGACGGCGGUGGUGUGCGUGGAUGCUUCCGCGCCGCUGCCCCCGGCCCUCGCGCGCGCCGUGCUCAGCGUCGUGCGCGACAGCGAGCAGCUCGCAAAGGCGCCAAAAGGCACGCGCGUCGUCGAGUUCGACGACGUGCUCGGCCACUCGGCAGACCACACGCCCGCGCCGUGCGACCGCAGUCAGCUGCGCAGCGCGGAGCUCGACGAGGCGGGCGCCAAGACCUUUGCACUGUUCUACGACGACGGCUCGAGGCAGUGGACCCGUGCGACGCACACCUCGCUCACGUCCGGCGUGACGGCGUGGCUGAGCGAGUACCCCCCGGAAAAGAUCCCAGGCAAGAAGGACACGAUCCUCACGGACGCAUUCUACGCGGGCGAGCUGCCUGCGCCGGCAUACGUUGCGCUGGUCCUCACUGCGCUCUACACGGGCGCCGGCUUUGCGAGCGAAGCGCCGUCCGAGCUGCUGGACCUUGUCAAGAUCCUCAAGCCGACGCUCCUUUACCUCACCAAAAAGGGCGCCGAGUGCGUGGAGCAGGCGCUGUGGCUCCCGUCGACCGGCUCGGUGUUCAUCUGGCCGAUGCGCCGCCUGAACAUGUACGCGCUGCGCAGCGGCCGCGUGCCCCGCGAUGCGAUUAUGGACCGUAUUCUCUGUGCCCCGCUGCGCCGUGCGAUCGGCGUCGAUACGGUGCGCAGUGUCUUUCUUUUGAGCAAUGGCUGCCAGUUUGACCAGGGCAUGUUGGACCAGAUGCGCCUGUACCUGGCUGUGCCGACGAUGCACACCUACCUCCCUUCGUACCUGAACGCACGCGGCGACGCUGCGGUCGUUACUGCGCCUGUCGCGGCGUCGAACAUGUACGACCUGCAGGCGUUUGCGCCGCAGCUCGUCGACUUUGAGUCGGCACGCCGCCUUCCGCCACACGUCGGGCCGCCGUCUGUGUCGAUGGAGCUGAAGCUCGUGGCCAACACGCCGGCAGUCAAGGCGCGUGCCGAGGCCAUUGAGCGCAUCAAGUUUGACGAGGUCGCGACACGCGACGACCCGGUGGGCGAGGUGUACGUGCGUGGCUAUGCGCUGGCGCAUGUGCGUGCGCCGGACCUCGCGUCGGAUACGACGCUCUCGGAUUGGUUUGCGACCGGCGACGUGGCGCUUAUGCGCACAAACGGUACCAUGGUGCUGAUCGGCGGCGCGGGCGCGCCCAAGGCGGGUGUCGCGCCUGACAUUACGCUCGACUCGAGCGGCGGGAAGCUGCCUACGCUCAAGGAGCCGGCCGAGCCCGCGCCCGCGCCUGCGCCUGCGCCUGCGCGCAAGAUUGGUGGGAGCCGCGCCACCGCGCCGCUCGCCCUUGCGAUGGUCGCGCUAUGUGCACUGCCGGGUGUGUCGGCGCACUCGCGCGAGGCCGUGCAGCAAGGUCUCAUGCGCCGCGCGACGCCUACGGCCUCGGAGAACAACACGAUGAUCAACUUGGCGCUCAACAGCCUGCUCACCUCGCAACGUGCGUCGUGGGAGCAGGGCGUGACGCAGUCGGCGAUCCUCGAGACGUACUACCCCGAAUGGUCCGUCUUUAAGAAGGGCGAGGCCGGCAAGCUGUACCCCGCCCGGGACACGCUCGGCGUCAAGAUUCCUGCGCAGCUCCUCUCGCUGGCCUUUCACAGCAUUGCGUCGCAGGACGCGAGCGGCCGCCUUGCCUCGGUCGUGACCGGCGACGAGGUGAGUGGCCAAGGCGCGUCGCAGGACUCGGCGAGCUGUGGCGAAGGCGUGCUGAUCGGCGCGUGGAUCGUCGAGGGCUUUACCAACAAUGCCCCCGACACGAACGGGUACUGGGGCGGUGCGGCGAAGCGCCAGCUCGACUAUCUCCAGCGCAAUGUGUCCAAGAGCUCGAACGGGGCGCUGAGCCAGCGUGCGGUCGCGAACCAGGUGCAGCUCUGGUCGGACACGGUGUACAUGGGCCCUCCCUUUUUUGCGCAGUACGGCCUGAUGACCAACAACCGCGAGCUGCUCCAGUACGCGUACACGCAAGUCGAGCUGCUGCACAAUGCGCUCGCCCUCCCCAGCGGCACCGGCAAAGGGCUGUGGGGUCACAUUCUGAACUACACCAACGUGGCGCAGCCCCGCUGGAUCGACCAGCGUGCGUGGCUCACCGGCAAUGCGUGGGCGGCCGCCGGGAUGCUGCGUGUGCUCGCCGCGCUCGAGCAGAGCACCUUUGCCUCCUCCUUCUCGAGCGAGACCGACAACAUCAAGGCGUGGAUCGACGAGCUGCUGAGUGCGGCGUACAACUCGGUCGACGCGAGCGGUCUCUUGCACAAUGUCGUGAACGACACGCGGACGUUUUUGGACGGCUCUGGCUCGGCGCUCCUGGCCUACUCCGUCUUCCGGCUCGGGAGCAUGGACCCCAGCAAGCGCGGCUUGAUUUCGCACGCCGAGACGGCGUACGGAACGCUGCAAAACUCGCUGGACCCCUACGGCUCGUACACCAACGAUAUCCUCACGGUGAACGAGCUGAACACCAACAGCCCCGGUGCGACCUCGACCGAGAGUCUGGCGUUCCUUGCGCUGCUGGCCGCCGCGCGCCGCGACUACUACGCCGGGAACACUACCGGAUCCAACGGCACGGUCUCGCCGCCGAAAGAGGCGUCGGGCGUGCGGGCCAAUGCUGCGAUCUAUCCCCUGUUUGUGGCCGGUGCCACGCUGGGUGCGGCGGUACUUGCUGCAAUGUAA